CACCCAGACGCACAAUUUAUGCUCGGGAAUUGCUACGGCACUGGUGCGCAUGGCGUUAAAGUAAACCAUAGCAAGGCAUUCAACUGCUAUUGGCUGGCAUCCAAGCAGUAUCAUCCAGAAUGCGCGUAUCGAGUUGCCGUGUGCUAUGAAAUGGGAGUUGGCACAAAGCAAAACUUUCGACGGGCCCUGGAAUAUUUUCGCAAGUCGGCCAAAAUGGGAUUCCCGCCAGCCAUGUACAAGCUCGGACUGAUUUUGAUCGAUGAUUCUCAGUCUCCAGACAAUCGCCGCGAAGGUACUUCUUGGCUCAAGCGCGCUGUUCAACGGACGACUGCUGCUCCAGAUCCUGUGGCAUUGCACGCACUAGGUAAUGCUUUCGAACCUACAGGGUUCGCAUUGGUCCCGGAUGUGGAAUAUGCCCGGGAAGUGUUCAUCCAGGCUGCAGAACUUGGAUAUGCACCCUCUCAGUACCGAUUGGCAGUUGCAUACGAAACAGGCGAUCUUGAUCUCCCAAAAAACGAACGAUUGGCGGUUAUAUGGGCUCAAAAGGCGGCUUUCCAAGGGAUAGCGGAUGCACAGUUUCUUAUAUCGUGCUGGCACUUGAAUGGAACAAUGCAGAACGUUCAACAAAACUCGAAUUUGGCGUAUCGAUGGGCAAGGCAAGCGGCAGAAAAUGGUCAUACGCGCGCUAUGUUUGCUUUGGCGUGCUUUUACGAAUUUGGAAUAGGAAUAGAGAUGGACUUGGAGACAGCAGAGAAAUGGUUACAUACCGCGGCAGCCAACAAUGACAAGCUCGCCAUCCAACGCGUGCGUGAGCUCAAA